AUGUGGUGGCUUUGGCUGUGGCUGUGGCCAUGAUGACGGGCUGGACAAUGGCGACGGCGGCGAGCGCGACGACGACGACGAUGCAGCGGGCCGAGGCGCCGAUGCUCGUCGGGUACUCGUUCGAGAUGUACAUGGCGGAGCACCCGAUGGCUGCGGCGCACUUUGUGAGUGAGGGCGUGGACCGCGAGGCUGUGUUUGCAAAGCGGAUGGCGGUGAUGGUGGCGCACAACGCGCGCUACGCCGCCGGCGAGGAGACCUGGUUCAUGGGCCCUAACCUCCACACCGCGCUCACCGACGCAGAGCGGGCUAUGGUCCGCGGCCAUCAGGCGGAGCUCAAGCAGUUUGCCGGCAAGCAUGCCCAGGAGUACCCAGUCGAGGCCGAGGUGGUCAAGGCCCGCGCUGCCGCCGCCCCGUCGCACGUCGACUGGCGCGAUCACUCACCGUCGAUCGUCACUGCGGUCAAGAACCAGGGCAUGUGCGGUUCGUGCUGGUCGUUUGCCACCGCCGAGACGCUCGAGUCGCACUAUGCGCUCGCCACCGGCAAGCUGCAGGCGCUGUCGGAGCAGCAGGUGCUCGAGACGCCGAACCCGCAGGCCUGCGGCGGAACCGGCGGGUGCGGCGGCGGUAUCCCUCAGCUUGCAUACGACUACAUGGUCGAUGCGUGGAACGGGACACUCGGAGCCGAGUGGACCUACCCGUACGAGUCUUUCUUCGGCAAGAACUUCCCGCCGGUCUCCAACUCGUCGGCGAUGAAGGCGCCGGCGGCCAAGCUCUCGGGCUACGUCCAGCUCCCGCUCAACGACCUGGACACGCUCAUCGAUGCCAUCGCCAACGUCGGCCCGGUCGCUAUUACCGUGGACGCCUCCAACUGGCACGACUACGCCGGCGGCGUCUUUACCGGAUGCAACAAGACCGACAUCCACCUGGAUCAUGAUGUCCAGCUCAUGGGCUACGGCGACGACCCGCAUCUCGGCCCGUACUGGCUCAUCCGCAACUCGUGGUCACCCACCUUUGGCGAGGUCGGCUACAUCCGCAUCGCACGCCACUCGACCCCGCAGUGCGCCAAGGACACCCAUCCCGAGGACGGCUUUGCCUGCAAGGGCGGUAAGAAGACCAUCACCGUCUGCGGCGAGUGUGGCAUUCUCUCAGACUCGUGCUACCCGAUCCCGGUCGUGGCGUAAUCCCCCCUCUCGGUAACUGGCUCCUCAUAUUAUUGAACUCCAUGUCCCAAACCUG